UGACCAGCCAGCAGGAGCAGGUGGUUUAUGGUCAUAUGAUGUUGUUAGCCGAGGCUGAGGAGCAGCAACAUUUCAGCUGAAUCACAGCCCACAUCACUCCCUACAUUGAAAGGCACCUGCAGCUGAAACGCCACCAAACAUCAGGCAAAAUGUCGUACGGUUCCAUUGAUGGAGGUUCCUUUGGCAGUCGUAACCCAUUUGGAGGUCCCAUGAGGCAGGGAUACCAGCCAGUAGCCACACAGGUCAGUCCCUCAGAACUGCAAGAUGUAUUUCAGGAGACCUCCUCCAAUAUCUUCCAGAUCAACGCCAAUGUUGUUACGUUAGAGAAGAAUCUUCAGUCGCUGGGAACAUCUAGAGAUACAGCAGAGCUGCGACAGAGUCUACACUCCACUCAGCAGCAAACCAACAAAGUCAUCACCAGCACAAGCCAGCUCAUCAAACAGCUCUCUGACAUAAUCAGCGGUUCUUCACGGCAAGACCGUCUGCGCCUGACCAGGCUAAAGACUGAACUCUCUGAGUCUGUGCAGCGCUAUGGGGAUCUGCAAAAGAAAAUUGCAGAGCGCUCAAGGGCCCUGCUCCCUCCAGCACAGAAAGACAAGAAGAAGAGUCCUCAGACCCCAUCUACUGAGCAGAUAGAGGACGGUCCACUGUUUGGAGAAGCAGCAAGCUCAGAGGGAGCAGCUCAGGCUUUUUUGUCUGAGAUAAGUGAGGAGGAUGUGGAGGUGCUUCGUCAGAGAGAGGAGGCCCUGCUUCAGAUUGAAAGGGACAUGCUAGAUGUCAGUCAAAUCAUGAGGGAUCUGGCCAGCAUGGUCCAUGAACAAGGCGAUGCAAUAGAUAGUAUUGAAGAUUACAUCCAGACCGCAUCAUCGAAUGUGGAAUCAGCCAAUCAGGAGCUUGCAAAGGCGAACCAGUACCAGAAAGCCUGUUUUGAGUCUCAGAUAAGAAGAUGAAUUGCUCUCUCCGUGCUUUGAAGCGCGUCAGGAUUUAAAGACUCCAGCCUCGGCUCUGGUCUAACGCCGCUGCUCUCGCUGCCUUUGUAGCAGAAAACAGGCUGGGAAAAAAAUGGAGAAAAAGCAUUUCAAAACAACAUAGAAUCUGUGCUCCAACACAUCGUCCCCGCCUGAGGAGACAAGGAGCAAAGAGAAAUAAAAUAUUCCCUAACCCCUGCUCUUCACUCUAUUUCUUUUUAUAUUUUUUCCUUAACACAGUCAACACUUUUUUUCCCUUUGGCAAGUAAUUGACAUGGAUGGAUAAAGCUCAUGUGCUAUGAGGAGGAAAUGUUUGAUGAAUUUGAAAUAUAAAUUAAACCACAUGUGAAAUUAGAAAUGAAACAGAAAACAUUGGCAAUCGGCUAUAGUGGUUAAAGUGGGGGGGCGAAAUGCGAAUGAAUUAUUGAAUGAGUGCAACUGACUAUGAAACGGCAUGGUUUUACAUAUUUCAUGAUCAAGCAGUUUUGACGUAUGUUCACUCCUCUGCAUUUAAAACCGUUUACUGCCAUCUUAUUUUCAUGUUUCAGUGGCAUGACAUGAAAAUUAAUUAACUUAAAAGGUUUUACAAGUUCUGAACAAACUUCAAACACCAGAAAUUACUAUUGUAGAUCAAAAGCAAUAAAUUACUAUUGUUCAAAUUACUAUGAAAUUAAACAAAUUAUGUCAGCAUUCUGAAUAACAACAGCCGGCUAUAAACAGAGAUAAACAACCUAAUCAAAAAAAAAAACAACUGCAAUAUAUUCAAUGCACAAUUUGGGACAAUAGUGCAUUUCAAAUAACAUGCUUGUAUAACUUGAAAACAUAAAAACAACUGGAUGCAACAACUUGCAAAGCUAAUGAAUUUGAAACUUGGACAAUUAAUCAUUCGUGCAGUUAAAACCUCUACACAAGGUAGAGGUUGUAAAUUCAAAGAAACUAUGUAACCUACAACUUCUAGUGUAAAAUUCAGAUCCUGACUAGCUGUAA